UAUUUACACGAGAAAAUCAAAGGAGCUCACUAAAAAAAAAAAUAUAAUUAGUUGUCAUCAUAUGAUAAUUCAGAGUUAGAGGCUGGACUAGGGUAUAUAACUAAAAUAAGAUGGCUGAAGCCUGCUGCUCUUUUGGCUGUUUGGCUAUAAAGUUCCAAAUCUUUUUGACUAAAAGAAUACUAACCUUGGAUUCUACUUAGACUAAUUAAUCAGGUUGAGCUGUGAGUAUUUAUUGUCUUAUAUUGCACUCUGUCAGAUCAGCUACCAAGCUAGUUGGUUCUGCAAACACUUGUAAGUACCUUGCAAAAGCUUCCAUUACCAGAUAACAGCGGGUUGGUUACUGAUUUAGUCACUCCAAUGGCCGAUCCCAUGACCACCCAAACCUCCUCAGCAUUGCCUCCUCCUCCGACUCGUCCACUGGAAUACGAGGUGUUCCUCAGUUUUCGAGGUUUUGACACUCGAAAAGGUUUUACUGACCAUUUGUACAAGGCUUUGAUUCGUAACGGAAUCCACACUUUCAGGGAUGAUGAACAACUGAAGAGUGGAAAACCCAUUUCAAGGGAACUCUUCAAAGCAAUUGAAGAAUCGAAAAUUUCAGUCAUCAUUCUUUCAACAAACUAUGCGACCUCCACAUGGUGUCUGGAUGAACUUGCGAAAAUGGUUGAACUGGCAGCAAACAAUGAUUCCAGAUUGAUUUUGCCCGUGUUCUACAACGUGACGCCAUCCGAAGUACGAGAGCAAACUGGAGAUCAUUUUAAAAAGGCAUUCGCUCAACAUGAUAAAGAUUUUGAAGGUGAGCCAGGAAAGGUGGCAAUGUGGAAGAACUCUCUCACUGCAAUAGCCAAACUCGAAGCCGAAGGAUUUGAUCUGACAAAUUUUAGAUACGAGACAGAUAUGAUUGAAAAGAUAGUUGAACGUAUUUUUGGUGUGUUGAUUAAAACAUUCUCAAAUGAUGAUUUAAAGGACUUUGUUGGAAUGGAUCGUGUAAAUGAAAUUAAAUCCAAAAUGAGUUUGUGUAUGGGUUCAGAAGAAGUUCGUGUAAUAGGGAUUUGUGGGAUGCCAGGGAUUGGUAAGAGUACUGUUGCAAAAGCUCUUUCUCAAAGAAUUCGCAGUCAAUUUGAUGCUAUCAGUUUCAUUUCUAAGGUUGGAGAGAUAUCUAAAAAAGAAGGCUUAUUUCAUAUCAAAGAACAACUUUGUGAUCACUUGUUGGAUAAGAAAGUAACCACAAAGGAUGUCGAUGAUGUGAUAUGUAAGAGAUUGCGUGACAAACGGGUGCUUAUAAUUCUUGACAAUGUGGAUGAAUUAGAACAAAUAGAAGCUAUAGCUGGAAGUGACAGUGCAGGCUUAUCCAAUCGGUUUGGUAAGGGAAGUAGAAUCAUCGUAACCACAACAGAUGAAAGGUUGUUGAUAGAUUAUAACCCAGAAAUAUACACAAUUGAGAAACUUACUCCGGAUCAAGCUCUUCUUCUCUUCUGUCGGAAAGCCCUCAAAACAGACCAUCCCACGGAUGCUUUUAAGAAGUUGUCUAACGAAUUUGUAGAUUACAUUGAUGGUCAUCCAUUGGCUCUUGAAGUUUUCGGUCACUCAUUAUGGAAAAGAGAAGAAGAUUAUUGGUCUACCAAAUUGAAGUCUUUAAAAGAUAAAGGCUACUCCGGUGAGAAGAAAAUUAUUGGUGUUCUUAAAGCAAGUUUUGAUGGAUUAGAGAAUCAAGAACAGCAGGACAUGUUUCUGGACACUGCAUGUUUCUUCAAAGGCGAGGAUGUAUGUCGUCUAGAAAAGAUAUUUGAAAGUUGUGGCUACUAUCCAGGCAUCAACAUAACCAUCCUUUGUGAGAAAUCUUUAGUAAGCAUCGUAGGGGGAAGAUUGUGGAUGCAUGAUUUACUACAGAAAAUGGGCAGAGGACUUGUUCUAGGAGAAUCCAAAAAGGAAGGAGAACGCAGCAGAUUGUGGCAUCAUACAGAUGCCCUUCCUGUACUGAAGAAAAACAAGGGGACAGAUGCUGUUCAAGGUAUUUUCCUAAGCUCGCCUCAGCCAGACAAAGUACACUUGAAGAAAGAUCCAUUCUCAAACAUGGACAAUCUAAGAUUGUUGAAGAUUUACAACGUGGAAUUUUCUGGAUGCCUUGAAUAUCUUUCAGAUGAGUUAAGCUUAUUGGAAUGGCACAAAUGUCCUUUAAAAUCUCUGCCUUCAAGUUUCGAACCCAACAAACUUGUUGAACUGAACUUGACUCGAAGCGAAAUUGAGGAAUUAUGGGAGGACAUUGAGAAACCCUUGGAAAAGCUGGCGGUAUUAAACCUUAGUGAUUGUCAAAAGUUGAUCAAGACCCCUGACUUCGAGAAAGUCCCAAACCUUGAGCAGCUAAUCCUUAAAGGUUGUACAAGCUUGUCUGCUGUUCCCGACGAUAUCAACUUGAGAUCUCUCACAAAUUUCAUUCUUUCGGGAUGUUCCAAACUCAAAAAGCUUCCAGAGAUUGGGGAGGACAUGAAACAAUUAAGGAAGCUUCAUUUAGAUGGGACAGCAAUAGAAGAGCUACCAACAUCAAUCAAGCAUUUGACUGGCCUUACUCUGAUCAAUCUUAGAGACUGCAAGAACCUUUUGAGUCUGCCAGACGUCAUUUGUACUAGUUUGACAUCACUUCAAAUACUCAACGUCUCAGGUUGUUCCAAUCUUAAUGAGUUACCAGAAAAUUUAGGGAGUUUAGAAUGUCUACAGGAGCUCUAUGCAAGCAGGACAGCUAUACAAGAGCUACCAACAUCAAUCAAGCAUUUGACUGACCUUACUCUGCUCAAUCUCAGAGAAUGCAAGAACCUUUUGACUCUGCCAGAUAUCAUUUGUACUAAUUUGACAUCACUUCAAAUUCUCAACCUCUCAGGAUGUUCGAAUCUUAAUGAGUUACCAGAGAACUUGGGGAGUUUAGAAUGUUUACAAGAGCUUUAUGCUAGCAGGACUGCUAUAAGCCAAGUACCUGAAAGCAUCUCUCAGCUGUCUCAGCUUGAAGAACUUGUUUUGGAUGGUUGUAGCAUGCUUCAAUCAUUGCCACGACUUCCAUUUAGUAUAAGAGCUGUAAGCGUACAGAAUUGUCCUCUCCUGCAGGGAGCACAUUCAAAUAAAAUAACAGUGUGGCCUUCAGCUGCAGGAUUUAGUUUUCUAAGUCGCCAAGGAAAUAACGACAUAGCUCAGGCGUUUUGGUUACCUGAUAAACAUCUAUUGUGGCCAUUCUAUCAAACAUUCUUUGAGGGUGCCAUUCAGCGUGGUGAAAUGUUUGAAUAUGGUUAUCGAUCAAAUGAAAUUCCAGCAUGGUUGAGCCGUCGGAGUACUGAAUCCACCAUAACAAUCCCGCUACCUCAUGAUUUAGAUGGUAAGAAUAAAUGGAUAAAACUUGCUCUAUGCUUUGUUUGUGAAGCAGCCCAGAAGGAUGAUAGUUUGGAAGAUGAACCAGAAUUUGUUGAGGAAUUGGGAUUCAAAUUGAAUCGCAAUCACCGUAUUGAACUAUGUACAACUGAAGAUCCUCAUGAACGUCUCCUUGAGCUUGAUUACCGUGAUUGCAAUUGCGCUGGACCAUUUAUACAUUGGUGCUUUAUACCACAGAGUGACCUUGCAGAAAGUUCAAAUAAACGCUUGAUCCAAGCUACAAUUACACCUGAUAGCCCAGGGACAAAGGUUAGAGGGUGUGGGGCGAGUCUCAUAUACUUGGAAGAUGUGCCCAAAUUCGUCCAGAAAUUGAAUAAACACUAUAGUUAUUGCUAUCACGGCUAUCAGAUUGAACAAGAAGAAGAUGGUAUGAGAAGUAUUCCGUCCACAAGCAGGGUUCAAACUGAACAAGAAGAAUUACAGGAACAAGAAACUACUACUUCAACCCGGAUUGCAGGUCAAUUGAGAAGAAACGUGGAGUCAUUGCUUGAAAAACUAUUUGAGGGAUUACAGCAGGGCCUUCCGAAUCUCUAUGAUUAUGGUUUUAUUUUUUGUCUACGAGAAAGAUUACUGUGGUUUAGUGAACAAAGCAGUACACCUGCAUGCACAGUAAACUUAUGUCUUCCUCCAAAUCUGCACAAUGAUGAGAAAUGGGCAGGACUUUCUCUCUACGUUGUCUAUGCUCUGCCUCCAGGUCUUCCACUUUUCCGCACUUUUUACGAGUGUCAGUUGUAUACACCUGUUGAGGCUGUGGGCCAUGAGCAACUGAUGCAUCGCCUAAUGUUAUUUUCCCCCUGGGAUGACAAUGUGGGGUCACAUCGACUCCUCAUUAUUCAUAUACCACGAGUACGCUUUCCCGAACGUCUGAAUCGCUGUCAUUUCAUUCAGGCUUUAUUUGGAUGUAGAACUCCAGGUGUGGAGGUUGAAAUGUGUGGGAUGCGUCUAGUAUACAACCAAGAUUUGAAAGGGUUAAUCCAAACAAUUACCCGUUGCACCAAUGAUCGGCCUGCUUACUACGGAACUGGUGAUUUUACCGAUACCAAGAAAUAUAAGGGAAUUAGUUUGGGAGUUACAAGUUUGCUAACGAAUCUGCUUGCAGCAGCCAAAUCCAGCGAGCACAGCUCUGUCAGCGAAGUUUGUCCUCCUUGCAUGCCAAUAGAUUUCCGUCAAGAAACUUAUUCUGCUGAGGACUCCCAACAUGAAAGAAAAACAAGACCAAUUCGUCCACCACAGGACUUUGGCAGUUCCUUUGAUCCUACCAACAACAUGAGCUCAGAUCAGAAUCAGCUCCUGGACUUUGAACGUGACUUGAAAUAUAAUUCUUGUUUCCCUCCAAAUGAGAUUGUAGAGUGGUUCAGGCAUCAAAGCAGUGGCCCCUCUGUAAAAAUCCCUCUACCAUCAAAUCUAUGUGAAGACACCAACUGGAUAGGACUAGCUUUAUGUGCAUACUUUUCAGUCCUUGACCACUCAACUACUGACCUUGACAAUUUGAAUCCUGAAAUUUCUCACAACCUUACAUGUCUAUUGGAAACUGAUGAAAGUUGUCUGGAAUCUCUCCAUGGCUAUUGCACCAACAGUCAAGAAUUCGAGUGGUUGUAUCGUAUGGGAGGAUUCAUUUGGCUGUCCUAUAUACCACGAUGCUGGUUUUCAGAUCAGUUGAAAGAACGAGGCCACCUGGAGGCUUCGAUUGGAAGCGAUCGUGGAAGCUUGGGUGUGCAUAGGUGCGGGCUUCGUCUUAUAUAUCUGGAAGAUGAGGAAGGGCUUAAGGAGACCAUAAUGCACUGCAUGACCUCCUUGUCUGAUAUUAAUCAAGGAAAAGAUAAGCAAUACCAGAACUGCGAGGUAGGAUCAUCUAGUAUAACUGGCAGCAACGUUGUACAUCCCCCUCUUGAAAGAUCAGAGAAGCCCAAUGAUAAGAAAUGGAACUUUGGUUGUCACUCGAUGUAUAAUUUUUGUUUCCCUUCAAGCAUCACUCUGGAGUGGUUUGGGGAUCAAAGCAGUGGCUCCUCGAUAAGAGUCCCACUACCACCACAUUUAUAUAGUGCCACUAAUUGGAUAGGAUUGGCUUUAUGCGCAUCCUUUUCAAUCAUGGAGAACCCAACUGCCGACCUAGACAAUUUGAAUCCAGAAAUUUCUCACCACCUAAUAUGUCACUUGGAGUCAGACAGAGGUACAAUAGAACCUCUCCAUGACUAUUGUACCACCAACGAAGAAUUCCAAUGGUUGCCUUUUGGAGGAUUCAUUUGGGUAUCUUAUAUACCACGAGUGUGGUUUUCAGAUCAGUUGAAUGAAUGUGAUGUCCUGGAGGCUUCAUUUGCAAGUGAUCACGAAGCAUUUAUUGUGCAUGAGUGUGGGCUACGUCUUGUAUAUCAGCAUGACGAGGAAGAGAUUAAGCAGACCAUAUUGCACUAUAUGACGUCGUUGUCAGAUAAGAAAGUAAAAAAUAAGCAAUGCCCCACGGGAGAAGCGGUAUCAUCUAGUAGGCCUAGCAGCUAUAUUGUGAAACCUCAUCUCAAAAGAUUAGGAAGGCCUAGUUGGGACUUUGAUCGUCACUCCAUAUAUAACUCAUGUUUCCCUUCAAGCAUAACUCUAGAGUGGUUUGGCCGUCAAAGCAAUGACUCCUCGGCAACAAUCUUGCUACCACAUAAUCUAAACUUAGACAGCAAUUGGAUAGGAUUAGCUGUAUGUGCAUACUUUUCAGUCCUGGAGCAUCCAACUGUCGACAUUGACAAUUUGGAUAUUCCAGCAAUUUCUCACCACCUUAUAUGUAAUUUGGAAUCAGAUAGAGACAGUCUAGAAUCUUUGCAUGACUACUGCACCGCAAACGAAGAAUUCCUAUGGUUGCAUUUCGGAGGAUUCGUUUGGGUAUCCUAUAUACCACGAGCAUGGUUUUCAGAUCAGUUGAAUGAGUGUGGUGUACUAGAGGCUUCAAUUGCAAGCGAUCAUGAAGCCUUUAGUGUGCAAAAGUGUGGGCUCCGUCUUGUCUAUCAGCACGACGAGGAAGAGUUUAAGCAGACCAUAUCUCGUUCUCAGAUAAGAAAGGGAAAAAUAAGCAACACCAUCACCGCCCGUUGAACAGGAUCAAUGACAAUAAGGGUAAACUAAAUACUGGGAUAACUUCUCCUCAUGUAUUUGGUUAGCAGAUUUUGCUACCUUGGGAACUCCUUCUCAAUAUAUUGAUGAAGUCAAGCACUCAUCCAGUUCUUAGUCGAAGUCCAUUACGAAAGUCAUAAUCUUUUACUGGUUGAAUGAAUUACAGAGUGGUUAGCUUUUUUUCUAUUAAAAAAAGUGGGUUGAUUAAGUAUUUGAUCAUUAUAUGCGUUUCCACAGCUUAAUUGGGUAAUUUAGGUUAGUUACUAAAUGCUGUUCUUCUUUUGAAGCAAAACCAGGGCAAAAUAAAUACGAAUUCAUACAAA